AUGGCGCGGGUCCCCUUCCCUGCUUCCCCAUGUCCCUUUCCCUGCUUCCCCCCAUCCCCUUCCCUGCUUCCCCCCAUCCCCUUCCCUGCUUCCCCAAGUCCCCUUCCCUGCUUCCCCAAGUCCCCUUCCUUGCUUCCCCAAGUCCCCUUCCCUGCUUCCCCAUGUCCCUUUCCCUGCUUCCCCCCAUCCCCUUCCCUGCUUCCCCCCAUCCCCUUCCCUGCUUCCCCCCAUUCCCUUCCCUGCUUUCCCCCAUCCCCUUCCCUGCUUCCCCAAGUCCACUUCCACGGCAAUUACACGCAACACUUGAUGCUCUUCAUAUCCUCCCUCAGAGUCCUUCUCACUUUGGAGAGGUGCGAGGAGGACGAGGAGGAGCAGCCAUGCCUGGCACUGGUGGCUUCCAUGGAGACGCACACGGAGGAAGAGAGGGGCGAGGUGGGAAGGUGGGCAAGGUGGGGAGCAAGGUGGGGACAUGGGCCCAUGCAGGGCAGCAGGGACGACGCCAAUCGUGCGGCAGAGGGUCAAGAGCAACAAGGGGCGUGGGCAGGAGGAGCAUCGGAGGAGUUUGAGUUACCAGUGGAGCCAUCAGUGCGCAUUCCUGCAAGCCGUCGCAUUGCCAUUCGCUGCCCGGAUGGCACUCGGCUGCAGUGUCGGUUCCGGGCCCAAACACUCUCUCCAGGUGCUAUCCCCAUCCCUCAUAACAACCUGCUUGCCACCCAUCCCACGCCUGUGGACUGUCCUUCCUGCCAUGCUCAUUCCCUUGCUCUCCCACUCACUCCCUUGUUCUCCCACGCCCCACUCCCCACCCCACCAGCUGCUGGAAAGCAGAUCCACGACUGGAUCUGCCCCGAGGCGAACCCCCUUACGCGCACCACCACGCUGGUCACGAAGCAGCACCAGCCCACGGCGCACUUCGACAGGUUCUGCGAGAUAGGGCGCGCAGCUGGCAGAGCUGUGAGGCAGCCUCUUCUCGAGACUGCCUUCAGCCUCCCCUGCUGCCCCAUACCGUUGGCCAACCAGCGCCCGAUAAGGCCCUGCACUUUCUGUUGCCGCCCUCCCUGCGUGUAUAGAGGGAUUGGCAGCUGCAAAGCGUGA